UAUUCAUCCUUAUUUCCCCAUGUUGCCCCCAUCUGAGCAUCAGCCGGUGUCAAGCCGUCCAUUAGCUAGGGGCCCUCCAACUUUUGAACCGACGAGCCCCCUGAGCCUGGCUAUCUCAGCUAUACUGUCUCUGAUACCCCAUCCAAACGAAAGAAAACCUAGGACGACAGAGUACUUGAAGAGACGACGGGAAUAUGCGCAUUGCUUUGCUCAAACGGCUCUUGGUGUCAUUGAAAGAGACUACGAGCUGCUCAGUAUGAGCCAAGAUUCCCAAACUGGUUUAGCUGACACCAUCAAAGCCUUUGAACGAGUACCGUUUCAUCCAAAGCUGGAGGUGCCCCUGGAAGGCGUCGUUACAUUGUCAAUGCUUAGUAUUUAUGAGUAUGCACAGCGGGGAAACAUUGAUAACAUGCUCCAACGGGCUAACCAGGCGCUUGCGCUGGCUAUGAGUAUGGCACUGCAUGAAGCGGUAGAGGAAGAACAGUAUGCAGACUCUAAACGGAGGGUUUGGUGGAUGACGUAUAUGAUGGCAUGUCAAGCAUCGGCUAUUAGCGGAACGUCUCCGGCCUUCGAUCUUUAUGAUCCAUGGUUUGUAACUCCAUAUCCGGAGGGGUGGAAACUUGUCAUCGAGGCCCAACAGGUUCUUGUCGAAUCUGCCGUAUUUGCCAGUGACCUUGAUAGGACCAUGCAUGAGGCUGAUGACGCAUCAUGGGUUUCGAAACGCAUGGAGGAGCUUGACAGGCAGAUAUCGUCUCUGUUGUUCCACAGCCGAGAUGCUCCUUUAGUGUCUCAGAUGGCUCCACAACCUGAAUCCAUUGAAUGCAUGACAUCGAAGACUAUGAGGGAUUUUGCAGAGAUCAAGCUACACACGGCACGGAUCAAACUGCACCGACUAUGCGCAUUCCAAGAUAUUUUAUCUGGCUCUAUACGACAUCCAAAUGUAUCGAUACCUAUGGACAGUAAUUCUCGGAUGGAUAUGCCGUUGGAAAUGAGCAACGGCCCUAGCUUGGUUGAAGACUUGUCGCUAAUGUCUCAGAUUCACAAGCUUCAGAUGCCGUUUACCAGUGAGGAGUCAUCAAAAGUCUGCCUGCAUGCAGCACUCAACAUUGUCACGUUGCUUGAUAACCUUCUCUACCCGAAUCACACCAGCGACAUCCUGGCUAAUACACAAUACGCCCGCGGAGGGUCUGGCAGUGAACUCCCUCGAACCAUGCCAACCGUAGUAUGCUGCGGAGUGCAGUCCAGCUAUGCAAUGCUGAUGCUGGGUCUCAAAGCACGAGCUAUCCAACACACCACGCCCGGCGACAUAAGUGCUCUGGAUACCACCUCUUUAUCCGACUUUCGGAAGGAGCUAUAUCAUAACUUACGGCUGAUAGUCAAGUUCCUAGAGAAUUACUCUAUCGCAUUUGAAGCUAUCCAGGGGAUAAGUGAUAAAUUGAACCAGGCCAUCGACCGGGAGUUCUUGGCGUAGAAUAAGCCUUUCUACUUCGCGUAUCUGCGUUGGAAUUUCUUUUCUUGUUCUUUAUUUUUCUCCAGUAGCCUUUAGCGACAUAGAUGAUUGGAUAAUGU